ACUACAGCAGCAGAAACAACAGCAGCAGUAGUUACAGCCUGAGAUCCACAUCUCUACUAUCACACACACACACACACACACACACAGAGUGACACACCACUAGACACUCCCUCACACACUGCCACACUGAUUAUGGAUGAGACAAUGGAGGGUCAUUUCCAAUGGAAGGGACCAAUACACUGAAGCCCAGCUCUGUUGCUAUUGGAUACAGGGGACAACUGACAGAUCCUUCUCUUCUCACCAAAAUGGGAUGACUUUAAGUUAUUAACUUGAAGAAAUCCAAUCUUUUAAUUUGGAUGUUGAAGCAUUCCUACUUUUGAUAAAACCACGAGAUAUGAUUUAACAUUCUGUGAUGGAAGUAGGCUGUGUGUGGAAUACAUACUUACUUGCAAAUGUCCUCAAUCUAUUACUACACAGUUGUGUCUGUGUAGAUCUGAGCUAUCAUGUAGAAGAAGAAAGCAGUCCCUUCACUUUUGUUGGGGAUAUUGCUGCUGACACACAGAUGGAAGAAACGGACUCUCUUGUGGGAAAUAACUUCAUCACAUACAACCAAAUACAGAGACAAAGGACAGGAAAUUCACAUUUGUUUAAUGUCACACAAGAUGGUAAAUUGUACACGGCUCAAACAUUGGAUGCUGAGAAACUGUGUACAUAUGAAUCAGAUUGUGUUAGAUACAUCAAAGUUGCUGUACAUAGAAGGAAGACAUUUUUGAAAAUUAUUAAAAUUAAAGUAAUUAUAGAAGAUAUUAAUGAUCACAGCCCUGAGUUUCCUCAGACACAACUGAAUAUUACAUAUGAUGAAGAUGAUGGAGAAGGAGCCGAAAGAUUAAUUCCAGAUGCCUUUGACAGAGAUGUUGGAAUGGAAAAUUCAGAAGUUACAUAUAAAUUGAAGAAACAAUUUAGUGAUCCAUUUAUAUUGUCUGUGAGAAAAACCAUCACAGGAAGAGCAAAGAUAGGAAUUAUUCUUGGAGACAAACUAGAUAGAGAAAUACAAGAUAGUUACAAUCUAGAAGUGAUAGCCAAUGAUGGAGGGCAACCUUCAAAAGAAGGAAUUUUACAUGUUCAUAUAAAAAUAAUUGAUGUGAAUGAUAACUCACCAGUUUUUUCACAACAUAUUUACAAUAUUUCUAUCAAAAAUACACAUCCUAACAACAACCCCAUUUUGACAUUGUCUGCAAAAGACCCAGAUUCUGGCAAUAAUGGUAAAGUGUCUUAUUUUUUUAGUCCGGAAACACCAGAACGUACAAGAAGACAUUUCAGACUGAACCAACAAACUGGGGAAUUAUUUGUAGAAAAACCAUUGACAUCACAAACAAAGAAUAUUCUCAAGAUGUAUGUUGAGGCGAAAGAUGGAGGGAAUCCUUCUUUAAAUUCCUUUGCCAUUGUACGGGUGAACAUUCUCAAUGAAAAGAACCAUGCUCCUGAAAUUGACAUAAAUUUUGUGUCUGAAUUGAAGAAGGGCACUGCAGCUAUUUAUGAAGGAACUAAAGUGGGCAGUUUUCUAGCUUAUGUGAAUGUGGUGGACAAUGAUUUUGGAGCGAAUGGAGAAGUGAGUUGUAAAUUAGAACAUGAUAAAGUUGUCCUCUCACAUUUAGGAUCAAAGGAAUACAAGAUUACUCUGAAGAAACCACUUGACAGAGAAAAAUUAGACCAUUUUAACAUGAGAAUUGUGUGUGAAGACAAUGGAAGCCCUGCUUUAAAGACGGAGAGAAAGAUCUCAAUCCAAGUAAUGGAUGUGAAUGAUGUGCAACCGCAAUUUACCAAAGAUACAUUCCACUUCCUCACCUAUGAGAAUGGUAAAGCAAACUUUCCUAUAGGUUUUAUCAAUGCCACUGACCCAGACCUGGCAAGUGCUGGUCAACUGACGUUCUCACUGUUGAGUAAAGACAGAAAUAACAUACCGUUCCAGGUGAGUGAUUAUGGUUUUAUUACCAGCAACAUACCAUUGGACAGAGAAGAAGAAGACAUGUAUAAGUUUGAGGUUUUUGUCAAAGACAAUGGUAAACCGUCGUUGAAUAACACAGCGAAUGUUGUUGUUGAGGUUUUAGACAGAAACGACAAUAAUCCGUAUUUCAUCUACCCUACAACUGACCCUUUCCAUAUCAAUGUCCACUACCAUCCGCAAAGUACCAAUGCCAUCACUGUGAUUAGAGCGUCUGACAGAGACAGUCAUUUAAAUGCGUUCCUCAAAUAUGGAAUACUUGACGGUAACAAUAAACGCUUGUUUACACUCAACUCUUUAACUGGUCAAAUGUCUUUCUCGCGUGCACCUCAUCUCAACGAUGCUGGCUCAUACGAACUGGUGCUUGUGGUCAAGGAUUCUGGAAGCCCAGUGUUGUCAGCCACAACUACUGUGUCUUUGUCAUUAAGGGUCACUAACAAGACAUCAGCACCGAUGCCGACUGUCCACUUAGAGAAGAACAGAACACUGGACGUACCAUUAUUGAUUAUCCUUGUAGUAGCAGCUGUAAUAGUAGCUGUGGUGAUUGUAGUGUCGAUCACACUGUGUAUUGUGAAAUGUAGCAGUGGUCAGUCUCGCUCUGCCAAGAGCACUAGGAAAGGUGUUAAUAGGUCAGCUAUAUGUAACAGAAUUGAUCAACCUUUACCGUGUCAGAGCAGCAGUAUUCCUGGUACCCCAGUGAGGUACUCUUCAGAGAUGAAUAAUAGAAACAUGCCAUUUGUGGAAUGUAAGGAAGAUUUCUACCCGCAGUAUGAGUCUCAGAUUGAUUGGUCAAACGUGGGUACCCUGGAGAAGAGUCCACCCAAUACAAUAUUGCCCGAGUUUCCUCAAACAGAAGUAGAAAUUAUAUUUAAUGAGGAAGAUCGUGAAGGAGCCGAAAGAUUAAUUCCCGAGGCCUUCGACAAAGAUAUUGGAAUGGAAAACUCUGAAAUUACAUAUAAAUUGAAGAAACAAUUUAGUGAUCCAUUUAUAUUGUCAGUGAAGAAAACUAUCACUGGAGGGGCAAAGAUAGGAAUUAUUCUUGGAGACAAACUAGACAGAGAAAUACAAGAUAGUUACAAUCUAGAAGUGAUAGCUAAUGAUGGAGGGCAACCUUCAAAAGAAGGAAUUUUACAUGUUCAUAUAAAAAUAAUUGAUGUGAAUGAUAACUCACCAGUUUUUUCACAACAUAUUUACAAUAUUUCCAUCAAAAAUACACAUCCUAACAACAACCCUAUUUUGACAUUGUCUGCAAAAGACCCAGAUUCUGGCAAUAAUGAAGGCACUGCAGCUAUUUACGAAGGGACAAAAGUGGGCAGUUUUCUAGCUUAUGUGAAUGUGGUGGACAAUGAUUUUGGAGCAAAUGGAGAAGUGAGUUGUAAAUUAGAACAUGAUAAAGUUGUCCUCUCACAUUUAGGAUCAAAGGAAUACAAGAUUACUCUGAAGAAACCACUUGACAGAGAAAAAUUAGACCAUUUUAACAUGAGAAUUGUGUGUGAAGACAAUGGAAGCCCUGCUUUAAAGACGGAGAGAAAGAUCUCAAUCCAAGUAAUGGAUGUGAAUGAUGUGCAACCGCAAUUUACCAAAGAUACAUUCCACUUCCUCACCUAUGAGAAUGGUAAAGCAAACUUUCCUAUAGGUUUUAUCAAUGCCACUGACCCAGACCUGGCAAGUGCUGGUCAACUGACGUUCUCACUGUUGAGUAAAGACAGAAAUAACAUACCGUUCCAGGUGAGUGAUUAUGGUUUUAUUACCAGCAACAUACCAUUGGACAGAGAAGAAGAAGACAUGUAUAAGUUUGAGGUUUUUGUCAAAGACAAUGGUAAACCGUCGUUGAAUAACACAGCGAAUGUUGUUGUUGAGGUUUUAGACAGAAACGACAAUAAUCCGUAUUUCAUCUACCCUACAACUGACCCUUUCCAUAUCAAUGUCCACUACCACCCGCAAAGUACCAAUGCCAUCACUGUGAUUAGAGCAUCUGACAGAGACAGUCAUUUAAAUGCGUUCCUCAAAUAUGGAAUACUUGACGGUAACAAUAAACGCUUGUUUACACUCAACUCUUUAACUGGUCAAAUGUCUUUCUCGCGUGCACCUCAUCUCAACGAUGCUGGCUCAUACGAACUGGUGCUUGUGGUCAAGGAUUCUGGAAGCCCAGUGUUGUCAGCCACAACUACUGUGUCUUUGUCAUUAAGGGUCACUAACAAGACAUCAGCACCAAUGCCGACUGUCCACUUAGAGAAGAACAGAACACUGGACGUACCAUUAUUGAUUAUCCUUGUAGUAGCAGCUGUAAUAGUAGCUGUGGUGAUUGUAGUGUCGAUCACACUGUGUAUUGUGAAAUGUAGCAGUGGUCAGUCUCGCUCUGCCAAGAGCACUAGGAAAGGUGUUAAUAGGUCAGCUAUAUGUAACAGAAUUGAUCAACCUUUACCGUGUCAGAGCAGCAGUAUUCCUGGUACCCCAGUGAGGUACUCUUCUGAGAUGAAUAAUAGAAACAUGCCAUUUGUGGAAUGUAAGGAAGAUUUCUACCCGCAGUAUGAGUCCCAGAUUGAUUGGUCAAACGUGGGUACCCUGGAGAAGAGUCCACCCAAUACUAUAUUGCAUUCUGUGAUGGAAGUAGGCUGUGUGUGGAAUACAUACUUACUUGCAAAUGUCCUCAAUCUAUUACUACACAGUUGUGUCUGUGUAGAUCUGAGCUAUCAUGUAGAAGAAGAAAGCAGUCCCUUUACUUUUGUUGGGGAUAUUGCUGCUGACACACAGAUGGAAGAAACGGACUCUCUUGUGGGAAAUAACUUCAUCACAUACAACCAAAUGCAACAGCAAUGGACAGAGAAUUCACAUUUAUUCAAUGUCACGCAAGAUGGUAAAUUGUACACGGCUCAAACAUUGGAUGCUGAGAAACUGUGUACAUAUGAAUCAGAUUGUGUUAGAUACAUCAAAGUUGCUGUACAUAGAAGGAAGACAUUUUUGAAAAUUAUUAAAAUUAAAGUAAUUAUAGAAGACAUUAACGAUCACAGCCCUGAGUUUCCUCAGAGUGAGAUAAAUCUGACAUUUGGUGAGCGUGAUGGGGAGGGUGCUGAAGGAUUAAUUCCAGAUGCCAUUGACAAAGAUAUUGGAAUGGAAAACUCUGAAAUUACAUAUAAAUUGAAGAAACAAUUUAGCGAUCCAUUUAUAUUGUCUGUGAAGAAAACCAUCACAGGAAGAGCAAAGAUAGGAAUUAUUCUUGGAGACAAACUAGACAGAGAAAUACAAGAUAGUUACAAUCUAGAAGUGAUAGCUAAUGAUGGAGGACAACCUUCAAAGGAAGGAAUUUUACAAGUUCAUAUAAAAAUAAUUGAUGUGAAUGAUAACUCACCAGUUUUUUCACAACAUAUUUACAAUAUUUCCAUCAAAAAUACACAUCCUAACAACAACCCUAUUUUGACAUUGUCUGCAAAAGACCCAGAUUCUGGCAAUAAUGGUAAAGUGUCUUAUUUUUUUAGUCCAGAAACACCAGAACGUACAAGAAGUCAUUUCAGACUGAACCAACAAACUGGGGAAUUAUUUGUAGAAAAACCAUUAACAUCACAAACAAAGAAUAUUCUCAAGAUGUAUGUGGAGGCGAAAGAUGGAGGGAAUCCUUCUUUAAAUUCCUUUGCCAUUGUACGGGUGAAUAUUCUCAAUGAAAAGAACCAUCCCCCCAAAAUAGGGAUCAAUUUUGUGUCUGAAUUGAAGAAGGACACUGCAGCUAUUUACGAAGGGACAAAAGUGGGCAGUUAUCUUGCUUAUGUGAAUGUGGUGGACAAUGAUUUUGGAGCGAAUGGAGAAGUGAGUUGUAAAUUAGAACAUGAUAAAGUUGUCCUCUCACAUUUAGGAUCAAAGGAAUACAAGAUUACUCUGAAGAAACCACUUGACAGAGAAAAAUUAGACCAUUUUAACAUGAGAAUUGUGUGUGAAGACAAUGGAAGCCCUGCUUUAAAGACGGAGCGAAAGAUCUCAAUCCAAGUAAUGGAUGUGAAUGAUGUGCAACCGCAAUUUACCAAAGAUACAUUCCACUUCCUCACCUAUGAGAAUGGUAAAGCAAACUUUCCUAUAGGUUUUAUCAAUGCCACUGACCCAGACCUGGCAAGUGCUGGUCAACUGACGUUCUCACUGUUGAGUAAAGACAGAAAUAACAUACCGUUCCAGGUGAGUGAUUAUGGUUUUAUUACCAGCAACAUACCAUUGGACAGAGAAGAAGAAGACAUGUAUAAGUUUGAGGUUUUUGUCAAAGACAAUGGUAAACCGUCGUUGAAUAACACAGCGAAUGUUGUUGUUGAGGUUUUAGACAGAAACGACAAUAAUCCGUAUUUCAUCUACCCUACAACUGACCCUUUCCAUAUCAAUGUCCACUACCACCCGCAAAGUACCAAUGCCAUCACUGUGAUUAGAGCGUCUGACAGAGACAGUCAUUUAAAUGCGUUCCUCAAAUAUGGAAUACUUGACGGUAACAAUAAACGCUUGUUUACACUCAACUCUUUAACUGGUCAAAUGUCUUUCUCGCGUGCACCUCAUCUCAACGAUGCUGGCUCAUACGAACUGGUGCUUGUGGUCAAGGAUUCUGGAAGCCCAGUGUUGUCAGCCACAACUACUGUGUCUUUGUCAUUAAGGGUCACUAACAAGACAUCAUCACCGAUGCCGACUGUCCACUUAGAGAAGAACAGAACACUGGACGUACCAUUAUUGAUUAUCCUUGUAGUAGCAGCUGUAAUAGUAGCUGUGGUGAUUGUAGUGUCGAUCACACUGUGUAUUGUGAAAUGUAGCAGUGGUCAGUCUCGCUCUGCCAAGAGCACUAGGAAAGGUGUUAAUAGGUCAGCUAUAUGUAACAGAAUUGAUCAACCUUUACCGUGUCAGAGCAGCAGUAUUCCUGGUACCCCAGUGAGGUACUCUUCAGAGAUGAAUAAUAGAAACAUGCCAUUUGUGGAAUGUAAGGAAGAUUUCUACCCGCAGUAUGAGUCUCAGAUUGAUUGGUCAAACGUGGGUACCCUGGAGAAGAGUCCACCCAAUACAAUAUUGCAUUCUGUGAUGGAAGUAGGCUGUGUGUGGAAUACAUACUUACUUGCAAAUGUCCUCAAUCUAUUACUACACAGUUGUGUCUGUGUAGAUCUGAGCUAUCAUGUAGAAGAAGAAAGCAGUCCCUUUACUUUUGUUGGGGAUAUUGCUGCUGACACACAGAUGGAAGAAACGGACUCUCUUGUGGGAAAUAACUUCAUCACAUACAACCAAAUGCAACAGCAAUGGACAGAGAAUUCACAUUUAUUCAACGUCACACAAGAUGGUAAAUUGUACACGGCUCAAACAUUGGAUGCUGAGAAACUGUGUACAUAUGAAUCAGAUUGUGUUAGAUACAUCAAAGUUGCUGUACGUAGAAGGAAGACAUUUUUGAAAGUUAUUAAAAUUAAAGUAAUUAUAGAAGACAUUAACGAUCACAGCCCUGAGUUUCCUCAGACACAACUGAAUAUUACAUAUGAUGAAGAUGAUGGAGAAGGAGCCGAAAGAUUAAUUCCAGAUGCCUUUGACAAAGAUAUUGGAAUGGAAAAUUCAGAAAUUACAUACAAAUUGAAGAAACAAUUUAGUGAUCCAUUUAUAUUGUCUGUGAGGAAAACUAUCACUGGAGGGGCAAAGAUAGGAAUUGUUCUUGGAGACAAACUAGACAGAGAAAUACAAGAUAGUUACAAUUUAGAAGUGAUAGCUAAUGAUGGAGGGCAACCUUCAAAAGAAGGAAUCUUACAUGUUCAUAUAAAAAUAAUUGAUGUGAAUGAUAACUCACCAGUUUUUUCAAAACAUAUUUACAAUAUUUCCAUCAAAAAUACACAUCCUAACAACAACCCCAUUUUGACAUUGUCUGCAAAAGACCCAGAUUCUGGCAAUAAUGGUAAAGUGUCUUAUUUUAUGAGUUCAAAAACACCAGAACGCACAAGACAGUAUUUCAGACUGAACCAACAAACUGGGGAAUUAUUUGUAGAAAAACCAUUAACAUCACAAACAAAGAAUAUUCUCAAGAUGUAUGUGGAGGCGAAAGAUGGAGGGAAUCCUUCUUUAAAUUCCUUUGCCAUUGUACGGGUGAAUAUUCUCAAUGAAAAGAACCAUCCUCCCAAAAUUGGGAUAGAUUUUGCAUCUGAAAUGAAGAAGGGCACUGCAGCUAUUUACGAAGGGACUAAAGUGGGCAGUUAUCUAGCUUAUGUGAAUGUGGUGGACAACGAUGUUGGAGCAAAUGGAGAAGUGAGUUGUAAAUUAGAACAUGAUAUAGUUGUCCUCUCACAUUUAGGAUCAAAGGAAUACAAGAUUAUUCUGAAGAAACCACUUGACAGAGAAACAUUAGACCAUUUUAACAUGAGAAUUGUCUGUGAAGACAACGGAAGCCCUGCUUUAAAGACGGAGAGAAAGAUCUCAAUCCAAGUAAUGGAUGUGAACGAUGUGCAACCGCAAUUUACCAAAGAUACAUUCCACUUCCUCACCUAUGAGAAUGGUAAAGCAAACUUUCCUAUAGGUUUUAUCAAUGCCACUGACCCAGACCUGGCAAGUGCUGGUCAACUGACGUUCUCACUGUUGAGUAAAGACAGAAAUAACAUACCGUUCCAGGUGAGUGAUUAUGGUUUUAUUACCAGCAACAUACCAUUGGACAGAGAAGAAGAAGACAUGUAUAAGUUUGAGGUUUUUGUCAAAGACAAUGGUAAACCGUCGUUGAAUAACACAGCGAAUGUUGUUGUUGAGGUUUUAGACAGAAACGACAAUAAUCCGUAUUUCGUCUACCCUACAACUGACCCUUUCCAUAUCAAUGUCCACUACCACCCGCAAAGUACCAAUGCCAUCACUGUGAUUAGAGCGUCUGACAGAGACAGUCAUUUAAAUGCGUUCCUCAAAUAUGGAAUACUUGACGGUAACAAUAAACGCUUGUUUACACUCAACUCUUUAACUGGUCAAAUGUCUUUCUCGCGUGCACCUCAUCUCAACGAUGCUGGCUCAUACGAACUGGUGCUUGUGGUCAAGGAUUCCGGUAGCCCAGUGUUGUCAGCCACAACUACUGUGUCUUUGUCAUUAAGGGUCACUAACAAGACAUCAGCACCGAUGCCGACUGUCCACUUAGAGAAGAACAGAACACUGGACGUACCAUUAUUGAUUAUCCUUGUAGUAGCAGCUGUAAUAGUAGCUGUGGUGAUUGUAGUGUCGAUCACACUGUGUAUUGUGAAAUGUAGCAGUGGUCAGUCUCGCUCUGCCAAGAACACUAGGAAAGGUGUUAAUAGGUCAGCUAUAUGUAACAGAAUUGAUCAACCUCUACCGUGUCAGAGCAGCAGUAUUCCUGGUACCCCAGUGAGGUACUCUUCUGAGAUGAAUAAUAGAAACAUGCCAUUUGUGGAAUGUAAGGAAGAUUUCUACCCGCAGUAUGAGUCCCAGAUUGAUUGGUCAAACGUGGGUACCCUGGAGAAGAGUCCACCCAAUACAAUAUUGUGUCCACUUGGUAUCUAUUAUUCUUCCCACUUUAUUAUACCUAAUACCUUUCAACAUUAUGCCUUCAAUAUCAUCAUUUUGGGAGAGACCACUGCUGUUCCUUUUGUUCCAGUUACCAUAUAUGGAAUUACAUGUCUCAGUGUUGUACUAAGCAAAGUGAUGGAAGGAGGAACGCCAGGUCGACAGUUGAUCAUUCAAAUAAAUAUUUUGGUUGCAUUACUACACUCCUGCAUUUCAAUUGACCUCGAGUACCAUGUCGACGAAGAAAGUAGUCCCCAAACAUUUAUUGGAGAUGUUGCUGCUGAUGCCAUGCUUGGUGACAGUGGAUCUCUGACAGACAGAGAUCUACUAACAUAUAACCAACUUCAGCAAGAAUGGAUGGAAAGUUCCCAGUUGUUCAAUGUCACUAAAGAUGGUAAAUUGUACACGGCACACACAAUUGAUGCCGAGUCUCUGUGCAAACCGAGGAAACAAUGUUUCAAAUACAUUAAAAUAGCUGUAAACAAGGCCAAGUCUUUUAUGAAGAUUCUGAAAGUCAAAGUAAUUAUAGAAGACAUUAACGAUCACAGCCCUGAGUUUCCUCAGAAACAAAUAAAUGUUACGUAUGAUGAAGAUGAUGGAGAAGGAGCCGAAAGAUUAAUUCCAGAUGCCAUUGACAGAGAUGUUGGAAUGGAAAACUCAGAAAUUACAUAUAAAUUGAAGAAACAAUUUAACGACCCAUUUAUAUUGUCUGUGAGGAAAACCAUCACAGGAAGAGCAAAGAUAGGAAUUGUUCUUGGAGACAAACUAGACAGAGAGAUACAAGAUAGUUACAAUCUAGAAGUGAUAGCUAAAGAUGGAGGGCAACCUUCAAAACAAGGAAUUCUACAUGUUCAUAUUAAAAUAAAUGAUGUAAACGAUAACUCACCAGUUUUUUCAAAACAUAUUUACAAUAUUUCCAUCAAAAAUACACAUCCUAACAACAACCCCAUUUUGACAUUGUCUGCAAAAGACCCAGAUUCUGGCAAUAAUGGUAAAGUGUCUUAUUAUUUCAGUUCAGAAACACCAGACAAAGCUAAAAAAUGUUAUAUUUUAAAAAAACAUUCCGGAAAACUGUUUAUCACAGAAAAUUUCUCAAAAGAGAGAGAUCGCAUUUAUGAAUUGUAUGUGGAGGCCAAAGAUGGAGGGAAUCCAUCCUUAAAUUCCUUUGCCAUUGUACGGGUGAAUGUUCUCAAUGAAAAGAACCAUCCCCCCAAAAUAGGAAUCAAUUUUGUGUCUGAAUUGAAGAAGGACACUGCAGCUAUUUAUGAAGGAACUAAAGUGGGCAGUUAUCUAGCUUAUGUGAAUGUGGUGGACAACGAUGUUGGAGCGAAUGGAGAAGUGAGUUGUAAAUUAGAACAUGAUAUAGUUGUCCUCUCACAUUUAGGAUCAAAGGAAUACAAGAUUACUCUGAAGAAAUCCCUUGACAGAGAAACAUUAGACCAUUUUAACAUGAGAAUUGUGUGUGAAGACAAUGGAAGCCCUGCUUUAAAGACGGAGAGAAAGAUCUCAAUCCAAGUAAUGGAUGUGAAUGAUGUGCAACCGCAAUUUACCAAAGAUACAUUCCACUUCCUCACCUAUGAGAAUGGUAAAGCAAACUUUCCUAUAGGUUUUAUCAAUGCCACUGACCCAGACCUGGCAAGUGCUGGUCAACUGACGUUCUCACUGUUGAGUAAAGACAGAAAUAACAUACCGUUCCAGGUGAGUGAUUAUGGUUUUAUUACCAGCAACAUACCAUUGGACAGAGAAGAAGAAGACAUAAACGACAAUAAUCCGUAUUUCAUCUACCCUACAACUGACCCUUUCCAUAUCAAUGUCCACUACCACCCGCAAAGUACCAAUGCCAUCACUGUGAUUAGAGCGUCUGACAGAGACAGUCAUUUAAAUGCGUUCCUCAAAUAUGGAAUACUUGACGGUAACAAUAAACGCUUGUUUACACUCAACUCUUUAACUGGUCAAAUGUCUUUCUCGCGUGCACCUCAUCUCAACGAUGCUGGCUCAUACGAACUGGUGCUUGUGGUCAAGGAUUCUGGAAGCCCAGUGUUGUCGGCCACAACUACUGUGUCUUUGUCAUUAAGGGUCACUAACAAGACAUCAUCACCGAUGCCGACUGUCCACUUAGAGAAGAACAGAACACUGGACGUACCAUUAUUGAUUAUCCUUGUAGUAGCAGCUGUAAUAGUAUCUGUGGUGAUUGUAGUGUCGAUCACACUGUGUAUUGUGAAAUGUAGCAGUGGUCAGUCUCGCUCUGCCAAGAGCACUAGGAAAGGUGUUAAUAGGUCAGCUAUAUGUAACAGAAUUGAUCAACCUUUACCGUGUCAGAGCAGCAGUAUUCCUGGUACCCCAGUGAGGUACUCUUCUGAGAUGAAUAAUAGAAACAUGCCAUUUGUGGAAUGUAAGGAAGAUUUCUACCCGCAGUAUGAGUCUCAGAUUGAUUGGUCAAACGUGGGUACCCUGGAGAAGAGUCCACCCAAUACAAUAUUGAAACUAGGGAUGGAAACAAGGGAAACGCAAUUGUUCUUUCUUCUGAGUAUCUUCGCUCUGUUCUGGCAAAGCACUGUGUGUGAAGAUAUUGUAUAUUAUUUGAAAGAUGAAGACAUUACAGGAACAUUUAUUGGAGAUGUUGCAGCCGAUUCCCUCGUCUUGGAGAAUAUGGAAUCACAUGAGCAGACGUCCAUUAUAUUUAAUCAAAUACAGCACCGAAGAACAGAUAGUUCCAAGGUGUUCAAUGUCACUAAAGAUGGUAAAUUGUACACGGCACACACAAUUGAUGCCGAGUCUCUGUGCAAACCGAGGAAACAAUGUUUCAAAUACAUUAAAAUAGCUGUAAACAAGGCCAAGUCUUUUAUGAAGAUUCUGAAAGUCAAAGUAAUUAUAGAAGACAUUAACGAUCACAGCCCUGAGUUUCCUCAGAAACAAAUAAAUGUUACGUAUGAUGAAGAUGAUGGAGAAGGAGCCGAAAGAUUAAUUCCAGAUGCCAUUGACAGAGAUGUUGGAAUGGAAAACUCAGAAAUUACAUAUAAAUUGAAGAAACAAUUUAACGACCCAUUUAUAUUGUCUGUGAGAAAAACCAUCACAGGAAGAGCAAAGAUAGGAAUUGUUCUUGGAGACAAACUAGACAGAGAAAUCAAAGAUAGUUACAAUCUAGAAGUGAUAGCUAAAGAUGGAGGGCAACCUUCAAAACAAGGAAUUCUACAUGUUCAUAUUAAAAUAAAUGAUGUGAAUGAUAACUCACCAGUUUUUUCAAAACAUAUUUACAAUAUUUCCAUCAAAAAUACACAUCCUAACAACAACCCUAUUUUGACAUUGUCUGCAAAAGACCCAGAUUCUGGCAAUAAUGGUAAAGUGUCUUAUUAUUUCAGUUCAGAAACACCAGACAAAGCUAAAAAAUGUUAUAUAUUAAAAAGAGAGUCUGGCAAAUUGUUUAUCACAGAAAAUUUCUCAAAAGAGAGAGAUCGCAUUUAUGAAUUAUAUGUCGAGGCCAAAGAUGGAGGGAAUCCAUCCUUAAAUUCCUUUGCCAUUGUACGGGUGAAUGUUCUCAAUGAAAAGAACCAUGCUCCUGAAAUUGAUAUAAAUUUUGUGUCCGAAUUGAAGAAGGGCACUGCAGCUAUUUACGAAGGGACAAAAGUGGGCAGUUAUCUAGCUUAUGUGAAUGUGGUGGACAACGAUGUUGGAGCAAAUGGAGAAGUGAGUUGUAAAUUAGAACAUGAUACAGUUGUCCUCUCACAUUUAGGAUCAAAGGAAUACAAGAUUACUCUGAAGAAAUCCCUUGACAGAGAAACAUUAGACCAUUUUAACAUGAGAAUUGUGUGUGAAGACAAUGGAAGCCCUGCUUUAAAGACAGAGAGAAAGAUCUCAAUCCAAGUAAUGGAUGUGAACGAUGUGCAACCGCAAUUUACCAAAGAUACAUUCCACUUCCUCACCUAUGAGAAUGGUAAAGCAAACUUUCCUAUAGGUUUUAUCAAUGCCACUGACCCAGACCUGGCAAGUGCUGGUCAACUGACGUUCUCACUGUUGAGUAAAGACAGAAAUAACAUACCGUUCCAGGUGAGUGAUUAUGGUUUUAUUACCAGCAACAUACCAUUGGACAGAGAAGAAGAAGACAUGUAUAAGUUUGAGGUUUUUGUCAAAGACAAUGGUAAACCGUCGUUGAAUAACACAGCGAAUGUUGUUGUUGAGGUUUUAGACAGAAACGACAAUAAUCCGUAUUUCAUCUACCCUACAACUGACCCUUUCCAUAUCAAUGUCCACUACCACCCGCAAAGUACCAAUGCCAUCACUGUGAUUAGAGCGUCUGACAGAGACAGUCAUUUAAAUGCGUUCCUCAAAUAUGGAAUACUUGACGGUAACAAUAAACGCUUGUUUACACUCAACUCUUUAACUGGUCAAAUGUCUUUCUCGCGUGCACCUCAUCUCAACGAUGCUGGCUCAUACGAACUGGUGCUUGUGGUCAAGGAUUCUGGUAGCCCAGUGUUGUCAGCCACAACUACUGUGUCUUUGUCAUUAAGGGUCACUAACAAGACAUCAGCACCGAUGCCGACUGUCCACUUAGAGAAGAACAGAACACUGGACGUACCAUUAUUGAUUAUCCUUGUAGUAGCAGCUGUAAUAGUAGCUGUGGUGAUUGUAGUGUCGAUCACACUGUGUAUUGUGAAAUGUAGCAGUGGUCAGUCUCGCUCUGCCAAGAGCACUAGGAAAGGUGUUAAUAGGUCAGCUAUAUGUAACAGAAUUGAUCAACCUUUACCGUGUCAGAGCAGCAGUAUUCCUGGUACCCCAGUGAGGUACUCUUCUGAGAUGAAUAAUAGAAACAUGCCAUUUGUGGAAUGUAAGGAAGAUUUCUACCCGCAGUUUGAAACACAACAUGUGCCCUGCAAGAAAAGAUAUCUAGUUGUGACAGAGGUCAAUGUAGGCUAACACAGGUAUGCCAGAAGAAAAGAGACCCAGUUAUGACAGAGUUAUCUCAACAUCAAUGUGGUAGAGAUUGUCUCCCCUUGCUUGGUUAUAUAUUAUUAUAUAAGAAUGUAAUAAAAAAAAACAUCUUAACUCCCCGCCCCCACCCCACUGCAAACUGUUGGCUUUCUUCAUGAAUUAACUGUUUGUGGAAGUAAAGGGCAGAUAAUUCCAGGCUUCUGGGAUGACAACAAUCUGAUAUACCAGUCAUGCAUGCCAAACAUACAAAA